AUGUCAUCUUCUGCUGUUAUCGGCCAUCUUCUCCUUCUGGCUUUCGUCGCGGCAGCCCCGUCGGCGCUCGCAAAGCCGGAGCAGAUCCGCGCGGUGCAGUCGCCGAUUUUCCACUAUUAUCUGCAGGCGUAUCCCGAGGAUCCCACGAUCCCCGUGAUGGGCCCCGAGGCCAGCAGCGAGUUCUUCACCAUCGGCGCCACGAUCCAGAGCACCAACACGUCGGCGUUCCUGAACAUCGUCAGCGGCGGCGAUGACGCGACAGCCUCGUACAAGACCCUCGCGUUUGCGGAUGCCGGGAGCACGGACGCGUGGGCGCUCGAGGGUGAUACCAUCAUCACGAGUACGGGCAGCGCGUACGGCCGCCAGCUGAACUUUCUGGUGUGCCAGGUGGGUGGUGGGGGGCAGUAUUGGCAGGUGUAUCUGCAGACGGGGAGCGAGGCGCCGCAGGGGAGGACGUGCAGUAAUUACCAGAGUCUGCAUUUGCCUUGUUUGUGUUGA